CGGCGCUAAGGCGGACGCUUCAGACGCCUUACAGCCUAAGGCGGACGCCUUACGCAACUGUCUAAGGCAAGGCCGACGCCCUGAGCCUGGAGGGCGCCUUGACGCCUUACGGACGCCUUAAAAACAUAGGUUACAAGAUUCGGCAUAUUUGAAUGGAGAUCAAAGUCUGCCACCAACAAUUAUAGGCAUGGCCCAAGACUUUGUGGGAACCAAUAAUAUCAACCUUUUGCAGCCCAAGGGCCAAUAUGGCACAAGAAGCAAGGGCAGGAAACAUUCCGCUAAGAGUAGGUAUGUUUCCACGGGUUUGUCAGAUAUGACAGAGAAAGUGUUCCCAAAAGAAGAUGAGGUCCAUCUUAAUUAUUUGAAACAGAAUGGAAAUGAAGUGGAACCUGAGUGGUAUGUUCCAAUAGUACCUAUGAUCUUGAUCAAUGGAUGUUCGGGCGUUGGUACUGGUUGGAAGACCUCUGUCCCGAUGUAUAAUCCACUCGAUGUUGCCAAUGUUAUGAGACAGUUAAUAAAUGAUCCUUUUUUGGAAAAAAUGUGGAGCCCAUUGGUUCCUUGGUACAGGGGAUUCAAGGGCACAAUUGACAGGGCUGAGAGAGAUGAUUUAUUUAUCAGCAGUGGUGUUAUACAAAAGGUUGAUAAUACAUUUAGAAUUACCGAGCUGCCUAUUGGCUACACCAUUGCAGGUUAUAAAAAAAUCCUUCAAUCUAUGUUGAACAAUAAGGACAAGGUCGAUGCAAAUAAACCGGGCGACAUAAUAAUUGAGAAAAUAUCUGUUGAUGGAGAUGCAAAGAAUGUGGAUAUUACAGUAACCUUAACUGAGGAGAAUAUGCAGAAGACUGAUGGUCAUGACCCUCUGAUAUUAUUCAAGCUGACGACAAACAUUUGGACUAAUAAUAUGCACUUAUAUAACAGUGAUGGCAAGUUUACUUAUUAUGCAACCCCACUAAAGAUAGCCCAAGAAUUCUACAAGGUCAGGUUUUCCCACUAUGAAAAACGGAAGGUAUAUAUGAAACUUAGUUGCAGAAUCAUGCUAUGUUCCUGCUUCAGCCUUGCCGUCUCAUGUUUAAACAAUGGUCCUGUUAGUGAGGCAAUUGUCAAGAGACUUAUGAUGCAGAUAAAGCAACAAGAAAACAAAAUUAAAUUUAUCAACGGUUUUCAGAGUGGUGAAUACAUACUAACUGGCAAGAAAAAUGAAGAUCAAAUGUUGGAAUUUCUUAAAGAGAAUGGGAUUUGAAGCAAUCCCAGAAGAGGGAGAUGCCGUUGGUUUUAAGUAUCUUUCUUCUCUGCAAAUUAGCCAGUUAACUGAUCAGUACGUUUCUGAGCUUGUAUCAGAAAUGCAUACUAUGGAAGCUGAGUAUGAAGCCAUAGCAAUAAAACAACCAAGUGAACUAUGGUUGGCUGAUCUUGAGAACUUUGAGAAGGCUGUUAAGGAGUUAUAUGCGGCCAAGGAAGAUACCGAAAAAGCAAUAACUGAUGCUGAUUUAGAAAAGGCUGGUAAAGAAACAAUAAUCAAGAAAAAAUGUAAAACAACAGCUGAUGCCAAUGCAUCGGCAAUGGAUGUUGAUGGCAAGGACGUCCUUGAACUAGACCCUCUCUCUGGAGGCCCCAUGUCCCCAGAACAUCGUGAAUUGGAGAGCGAAGGGAACACCAAACGGAAGCAACCAAAGAAGGAUCGGCGGAGAAAGAGAAAAAAACAAAAGAAGGAUGAAGACAUGCAGUGAAGAUAACACAUGUGUCAACUUAUCUUGGCUAAGUACAUGCAUGACAUAUGGUUUUACUUUACCGAGUGUUAGAGCUCAUCUUGCUCGUUACAUUGAGGAGUGCAAGGUGAAUUGUAUGGUGUUCUGUUUAGCCAUGGUCGGGUGAGCAGCAAAUUCCAUGGUUCUUCUUAGGAACGAUUGGUAUUGAUUAUGGUCUUCGUCAUCGUGAUACAAUGACCGUUAGGCUUGAGCACUAUGAAACCUUGAUUGGUGUUGAUUUCUAUCAGGUGGAGAUAUGUCCCCUUUACCCUGUGUUGCACAUGAGGAUUUGAGCGACUCUGAGAAGGAACUUGUUGGCACUUUUUUUUACACUCGUGGUGUCGAUCUCAAUUAUCAGCAAAUGUAUUUCAUGCCGCAACAAUUCUUUGAUGACAACUACAUACUCUGUUGUCCUUUUGUUCACAUGAUUAAUUCCGUGAAUGUUAAUGGUCAUCAUAUGGUUAUUCCUAGCAUGGUUGUCAGGAGUUUGAAGAAGUUUGUGUCAUUUCCUAGGGCCGACGUUUUAACUCUUGAAGUUACUUUAGAUUCUUACGAUGAUGAUAUAUAUGUGAGCAUUCCUUGUUCGUACUUCAUUGGCUUGGGUGGUAGAAUGGUGUUCAAGAAGCAAGGGUUCAGUGAUUUUCUUCAGGCAUCGUCUAUUAAAGUAAACAACUUGGAUCUCAUAACCUUCAAGGAGCGUGAUGGGAGGUUUGUUGUUAUCUUCAGUCUUCUUUCACAAUGAUGUUUGUUAUAGGAUGUGAAGUAGAACUCAUGUUAUUUAAGAAUCCAUCGUAGAAUAUAAUGUUAUUUAGAUAUAUAAAACCUAUAUGAACCUACUUGUUCAUUGUUGUACCGUGGAUGCAGAAGUGGCAGGGCUGUGCAUCUCUGUUUUAGAUUUUUUUUGGAACAUAUGUCAAUUUAUGAUAGACACGGUUAUACAUAAAUUAGAGGCCCGGGUGUGCCUUUGUUUUCUCUAUGUUUCCUCUGACAUGGACAGUCAGAGAUGCACAUGCGUGUAGGUAAUGGAGGCAUGGUUAUACAUAAAUUAGAAGCAACAAUAUUGCUGCUUGUUCCUUCCUCUGUUUUCCGAAUGUUUUUCUCGUCAACAUCUCUACUAAGAGAGGCACUGUUGUGAUGCUAGAGGAGGCACACUUCUAUACUAUGAAGAUGAAGAGUCACGUCUGUGUGUCUGUCGUCCUACUGUUUGUGUGUCGUCCUAUUGUUUGUGCGCCAACAGGUUUAGUCGAAGAGGCACGGUUCGUCAACUUAGUGGAUGCACGGUCCUAUAGUACCAAGAGCCACGUUUGUGCCUUUGUGUUUCAGUUAUUUUCAGUUGACACGUUUACUGAGAGAGGCAGGGCUAUGAACCUAGUUGAGGCACGGUGGUAGAUGCACCAGAGUGGCGAUUGUGGAUGCAGCAUAGUCACCGUGGUAGUUUCAACAGAGUUACGGUUUUAUAUGCAGCAAAGUCACGGUGGUAGAUGCGGAAGAGUCACGGUUGUGCCUCUAUGUGGUAGUUGAGGCCCGCUCCUUUAUUUAGACAGUGUUUGAUGUCAAAUGGUGUCUGCAUGAUUUAUUUUAUUUUUUAAUGCGCUAAGACUCUGAAAGUGCUCUCAGUGUUUUCUACAAUGUAAUCUCAAAUUUGUCAAGUGCUCAUACUGUUUCCAAGAGCCAUGGUUGUGCCUCGACAUGGAUAAACUAAAGUUCCUUAGAAAUAUUUCUGAAAUUGCUCACGCCAGUCUUGAAUAAGCAUUUUACAGAAAGUUAACAAUGAUACAAUCACAUAUUUUUACAUAGCAUCAUCCAUUUUGUACAAUAAGUAUCAUAAGUAUAAUACAAUAAUAUUUGACGUAUUGACCUACUAUAAUCAUUAGUUAGAACAUAUGUUCGCUCAAAUAUAAGUUAAAUUACUAAUUGCAUUUCAGCACACUAGUAUGUUCAACCCAAAUAAGUAAUACAAUACACACAUAUUUGACCAACAACAAUUAUAAUUACAACAUAUGUUCAUUCAAUCUAAAUUAACAUACUACUAGAUACUACUAGUUGAAUGUACAUUUCCAAUUUCUAGCAAUUCACCAUCCGCUGUUUCCCUUCCUGCGCUUCCAGCCCCUCGAAAAUCCCUUGUCUUUGUUCUUACAUGGUCGGAGCCAUUCUUUCAAUGGUGGUUGGAGAAGGAGGAGUCGAUGAUUGCUACUGCAAGGCCAGCCAUGGAGUCCCUUUCUCCACCACCCUUGAUACAGAACUGCCUCUGGAUGCUGACGUGGUGCUCGUCUGAAAUUCUGAUCCAUGCACGGGCAAGUAUGAUCUUGUCGCUCCUGGUGUCGACGCUAGCGAAAGUUAUCGCUUUGCGUUGCAGGAACUCAACCAACGCUUGGCAGCGCUCGGACCUGCAAUAGUGGUACACGAGGACAUGCUCGCGCAUGGCAAGUUGCAUGACAGCGACCCCUCGGCGUCUGUAACUACUCUUACGUGUGUACUCGAGGUCGAGGCUGACAAACUUGUUCUUCUCCUCCUUUAGCCAUUCCUCGUACAUUUUGAUGAUUCGCUCCAGUCUUUGGGUCGUUGGUGUACACCACCUCCAGCACAGUUGUGCCAUGGGCAGUGACGUGUUCGGUGUGUGUUGUUAGUUUCUCGUCGUCCAUGGCUGCAGGGAGGCGGUGUGGGUUUUUGGCGGCCGACGAGGAAUGGUGGAGGAAGAAGAGGCAAAUGGAUGCGGUGUAAAUGAAAUUGGAUGGUUUCUUUGUAAUGUAGAAAAAGUAACCGACGAGAGCAGUUGGGACGUCAUCCGACGGUGAGUUACGGAAACAGGCGUCUGUUAGAGCAAUUUUUUUAGCGGUUCGAGCAAUAUACUUUUUACCGCAAUGGCAUCCCUCGCUCAGUGUGCGUGUCUAUGCGUGGUCUUGUUAUUUUCAAGCUGCAGUUUUUUUGUUGAAUGAAAUGUUUUUUUGGUCA